AUGCUAAUAAAACAAAUUGUUAUACGGAAAAAAGCCCAAGAGAUUGAAAAAAAAUCUCCAUAUAUUCUUUUAUUUCAUUGUAGUGGCUUGACAAGUCGACAAUGGCGACAACUCAAAAAUCUAUUGUGUGCCUUUCGAGGUAGAACUUUAUUUCAACCAAAUUACAAAGGAAAACUACCACAUAAAAACAAGCAAGGUGGUUUUAUUGAGCAGCUUGCUUAUAGCGCAGGUCCCACUUGUAUCUUGUACUUAACUAAAGAAGCACCAGAUAAUACAUGGUCACAGUUAUUACCUUCGGCCUCAUACAACCAAAAUCUAGUUUUAUUAUACGGACAACUUCAAUCUACUUUAGUCAAUCAUAUGGAUAUAAAAAAAGCGGCUAAUUUAGAAAUAACAUCAGUAUUUCAACAACUUUUUGAGCUCAUUUUUUACCCAUAUAAUUCUUUAUGUUUUUGUUUGAACAAGCCAAUUGAUGCUUCACCCACUAUACAAGAAAAGACGCAAGGAGGGCCGAAGGCAGAGGAUACCCACUGCCGUAACUUGGGCCCCCACUUUGCCAAUUAA